CUUUAUGCAGUACAGUCCAUAAUAUUGCAAGUUCUGAGCUAACCAUUUAAGAGAUUUAGAAACUCGAGCAGGCUUUCCGUUAGCACUUGACAUCAUGACUCGUCGACGAACAUGCGCAACUGUCGUGAUGCGGAUUGUUUCGGCCAGUACUUGCGGUGGCUACAUCGCAUUUGUGAAUGGUGAUGAUAGGCGGGCUGAUACAUCGAGGCCGUGACCUGUCACGGAGACCGCGUUCGUAUUUUGGCAAGAUGGGAGAUGUGGAUAAAUGGAUAGAUAUUGCGAAAGACUGCAAAUAUCUCCCCGAAAACGACCUAAAGAGCUUGUGUGAUGCUGUGUGUGACCUGUUGAUGGAGGAGUCCAACAUUCAGCCAGUCCCUUGUCCAGUCACAGUCUGCGGAGAUAUCCAUGGACAGUUUUACGACCUGGAGGAACUCUUCAGAACUGGCGGACAGGUGCCCGACACAAACUACGUGUUCCUGGGCGACUUCGUGGACCGCGGCUACUACAGCCUGGAGACGCUGACGCGCCUGCUGACGCUCAAGGCCAAGUGGCCCGACAAAAUCACGCUGCUGCGCGGCAACCACGAGUCGCGCCAGAUCACCCAGGUGUACGGCUUCUACGACGAGUGUCAGAAAAAGUACGGCAACGCCAAUGCCUGGAAGUACUGUUGCAAGGUGUUCGACCUGCUAACCAUUGCUGCGAUCAUCGAGGACGAGGUGUUGUGCGUACACGGCGGCCUCUCGCCCUACAUCCGGUCGCUGGACCAGAUCCGGGUGAUCGACCGGAAUCAGGAGAUCCCGCACCAGGGGGCGUUCUGUGACCUGGUGUGGUCAGACCCGGAAGACGUCGAGUCGUGGGCCACCAGCCCUCGCGGCGCCGGCUGGCUGUUCGGGGCCAAGGUGACGCACGAGUUCAUGCUCGAGAACAGCCUGAAGCUCAUCUGCCGGGCCCACCAGCUGGUGAACGAGGGCUACAAGUACGUCUUCGACGAGAAGCUGGUGACUGUAUGGUCGGCACCCAACUACUGCUAUCGCUGCGGCAAUGUGGCGGCCGUGCUCUGCUUCAAUGACAUCAACAAUAAGGAGGUGAAGAUCUUCCGCGCCGUGCCCGAGGAGAACAGGAAGGUGCCGCCAAGCAUCACCACGCCGUACUUCUUGUAGUGAGCGCUGUCGACAGAUGGCGUUGAUGUCGACGUGGGUGCUCAACCAACUGCAUCUGCGUGAGAUAACUGUCCGUGGUGCUUGCGCGUGGCAGUGCAUGCUUCAGGCCGGACGGCGUGGUCUGGUACGUCGUUGGUCGUACCCGCCGACAUCAGUUUUGGUGGACAUGUGCACCCUCAUGCAUUCAGGGGUAGGGGCCCGUGUGCCCGAGUGAGCAAGACUCGAAGGACACGUGUGCUCACCGACGAGGGUGUUCUAUGUGCUAGCGAGGGAGACGCGACGGGCGCGCGAGCUCAGUGUGCGCGAGCUCCGUUCGGUACGUGGGAGAGGCGAGACACUCUCACCCGGGUGGCGCCCGAUGGCACGGUACUCUGGGCAUCAGCUCGGAGGAGUCGUGCCCGACGAAGGGACGAUCGCUGUGGCUCUCUGUGGCUCGGUAGAUCUUCGGUGUCGUUGGGGAGAGCUGCUCCCUCGCGAUGAGGGUAAUUCUCACCCCACUCCGGCGGGCGGUGCUGUCGUCCCGGCGGUAGGCGGGCUUCUGUCUCCCCCCCCCCCCCUCGUGAGGCCGUGUCUGUGUGUGGAUUGGUCAGGCUGGCGGCGCCCCCGCCCUGCGGUGAGCACGCGUGAGCGCGCGAACCUGAGUCCGUUUGGUCGUCGCUGAUGGGGUCGUGACCUCCUGCACGGCCGGCGUCUCGCUGUAGUGUCUGCGGCUGGGACCGUGUGGCGUCCGGUCCCUCGGACGGGUCGCCCCCCCCCCCCCCCCCUCCCGCUGGUGGGCGUCCGCUCGUCGCAUUGUACCUGCAUUGCUCUGUCCAUCUUCACGACAGCCCACGUCCCAUCGGCAGUCCGGUCUCGCUCCGCGGCGGUGCCGGGCCGCUGACCGUUUUAUAAGCAGGACCAUCGCCAGGUCAAACCGUCAUCACCACCGACCAUCGUUGAACUAAAAUACAGCCCAUAAUUUGCCA